UAUUUCUAGUAUCUUUGAUCACGCGUAUACUCUUUUUUUGGUCGCAUGCAGUGUGUGGUCGGUGUGGUGGGAACCGUGGAAAGAAGUCACGACUUUGCAAAGUUUUCAGCUUUACGUAACACAUAAUGAAUGUCGAGAAUAAAGUAGCCCUGAUUACAGGUGCAGCUGAGGGGUUGGGGAAAGGUUUUGCGGAAAAACUAUUGAAGAAAAAUGCAAAAGGGGUUGCAAUUGUUGAUGUAAACCGCAGAAAAGGAGAAGAAACGACAAAAGAAUUUCAGGAAAAGUAUGGAAGAGACAAGGCAGUGUUCAUUUACUGUGAUGUCACCAACAAGGAAAAACUUGAGGGUGCUUUUACCUUAACAAAACUGAAAUAUGACCAAAUUGACAUUGUUGUUAAUAAUGCCGGUAUCAGCGACGAAAAGCAAUGGGAGGUCAUGUUGGAACUCAAUCUAACUGCAGUAAUUCAUGGAACUUUUCUUGCAAAGAAAUUUAUGUCACAUGUAAAUGGAGGUCAUGGAGGGGUCAUUGUUAACAUAGGAUCUAUGGCAGGUUUAAUAUAUGCUCCCUAUGCUCCUGUGUAUACUGCAACGAAAUAUGGAGUGGUUGGUUUUACAAGAUCUUUGGGGAUUUACGACGACGAAAUGAUUCAGAACAACAUAAGGGUGAACUGCUUGUGUCCAGCAUUCACCGACACAGCGAUUAUUGAGAAAUCUACGAUGAAUGCAUCUGAUGAAAAGGCUGCGGAAUUGCGAAAACAUUUUGAAUUAUUGCCUGUUUCGCUUGUGGCGGAGGCUUUCAUGAGGUUGGUGGAAGAGGACAUACAUGGACAAAUUAUGCGAGUGACCUUGGAAAAGGGAAUUGACAUACAGUAUUACAAGCCAAUACCAAAGCUUUAGUGUAUGAUGGUGCAGAUGUUCUGUAUAACAUUUAGACUUACACAGCUACACAAUCUAUCCCAUCUUGAUUUAUGUUGAUGAUUAAUUCAAUAAUUGUGAUCAAUUUUAGCAAAACCCUAGAUUUGUCGUCAUUUCUAAAUUUGCGCUAGCACCCAAUCAAGAAUCAGCAUCUUGACCAAUUUCAAGUUUUCACAGUUUGCAAAAGAAGAGGUAUUGAAAAACAUUUCUGCCAGAUAUAUAUCACUAAAUCUAUCUGAAAGUAUACUUUUUAAAAAGUAUAUGACACUCAAAACCUAAUAUUAAACUAAUGAUUUCGAAAGCUGCUCAAAACCUACAUAGCUGAUAUCCAAUAAAUGAAUUAAACAAUGUUUCUUAAUUUUCCUUUUUUAGAUAAGUAACUGUAUAUAAUUAAAUAAUCAAAUGCUCAUAUAUAUAUAUUAUAUUUUUGAAUUGAAUAAUACCUUUUAAAUGUCUUAAAUAAUGUGGUAUUGUAAAAUAAUAAUAAAAUUAAAUAUAAUACUAAUUGAUGAUGUUAUUUACAUAUCUAAAUCUUUGUCCUACCUUAUUAAUUAUUUAGAAUUCUCAUUCCAAGCUAAUUGUUUAAAUUUUUCAGUAUAAAUUUUUCAGUAUGGUA